GUGGGCCCUCCUGGUGGCCAAGGUCCCCCUCAGGGCUGCGCGCGCGCCGGCAGCCCCUCCACUCCCCCUCCGCCCUUCCCGUCCUUCCCGCUCCUCCCUCCCUCCCUCCUUCGCUGCUCUGUUCCCUCCCUCCUGCAGUCCGUCCCCUCCUUCUCUGCCCAGCCUCUCCACAGCCGAGGCUCCAACACCUGAAGGGACAGAAGCGGACGCGGGGAGCUCCAACAGGCGGCGGCAAGGGACCGCGGGUCCAGGGGUGGCUUCCGCAUGGCCCCGCCGUGAGAGGGGACCCAGCUGUUGGGACCUGAGCGGUUUUUGGAGCCCUAGGGCUGGCUGGGUCAGGUGGAAGCGUGACUGUCAUGGAUGAAGAAAAGCUCCCAUGUGAACUGCGUGAGGAAGGAAGUGCUAUUCAGGACCAGGGCCCGGAACCUGAAGGGGAACCUGGGGUCCAGAAUGGAAUGGAAGCCCAGGAAGGCCCAGGCAGCCACAUCAGUAGUCCAGGCAGUGAGAAGACAGGCACCUUAGAGGGCGCCAUGGAGCCCAUGGGAGACGCAGAUAUGGCCCUGCCUGGCCUUAGCCUCUCUCUCACCAAUGGCCUGGCCUUGGGACAAGAUGGGAACGUUCUGGAAGAUUCCAUGGAAUCCAGGCCCUGGAGGGCUAGUGAACCAGCAGAGGAGGAGGAUCUCUCCAGGAGUCUCUGUCCAGAAGCUGAAGAUUCUCAGCUGGGGCUGGACUGCUCCGGGGAGCCAGAUGUGCGGGAUGGCUUCAGUGCAACUUUUGAGAAGAUUCUGGAGUCAGAGCUGUUGCGGGGUACCCAGUACAGCAGCCUGGACUCUUUGGAUGUGCUCAGUCUCACUGACGAGAGCGACAGCUGUGUCAGCUUCGAGGCCCCCCUCACACCUCUCAUCCAGCAACGGGCCCGAGACAGCCCUGAGCCUGGGACUGGGCUGGGCACUGAGGGGGAUCUGGGGGCAGCUGGUGGUGGUGAUGGGGAGCUGGGCAGCCCCCUGCGGCGGUCCAUCUCUAGCAGCCGCUCAGAGAAUGUCCUGAGCCACCUGUCUCUCGCAUCGGUGCCCAAUGGGUUCCAUGAAGAUGGACCCGGGGGCUCGGGAGGGGACGAUGAGGAUGACGAGGACACAGACAAGUUGCUGAACUCUGCCAGUGACACCAGCCUCAAGGAUGGCCUGUCAGACUCGGACUCAGAGCUGAGCAGCUCCGAGGGACUGGAGCCUGGUGGCACAGACCCACUGGCCAAUGGGUGCCAGGGGGUCAGCGAAGCCGCUCGCCGGCUAGCCCGCCGCCUCUACCACCUUGAGGGCUUCCAGCGCUGUGAUGUGGCUCGGCAACUGGGCAAGAACAAUGAGUUCAGCAGGCUGGUCGCUGGGGAGUACCUCAGUUUCUUCGACUUCUCAGGCCUCACGUUGGACAGAGCACUCAGAACCUUCCUGAAGGCCUUCCCACUGAUGGGGGAGACGCAGGAGCGUGAACGAGUCCUUACCCACUUCUCCCGCCGGUACUGCCAGUGUAACCCAGACGACAGCACAUCAGAAGAUGGGAUCCACACGCUGACCUGUGCCCUGAUGCUACUGAACACAGACCUGCACGGACAUAACAUUGGCAAGAAGAUGUCCUGCCAGCAAUUCAUUGCCAAUUUGGACCAGCUGAAUGAUGGCCAAGACUUUGCCAAAGACCUGCUGAAGACGCUUUACAACUCCAUCAAGAAUGAAAAGCUGGAGUGGGCCAUUGAUGAGAAUGAGCUGAGAAAAUCCCUGUCCGAGCUGGUGGAUGACAAGUUUGGGACAGGCACAAAGAAGGUGACCCGGAUCUUGGAUGGUGGCAAUCCAUUCCUGGAUGUCCCGCAGGCUCUAAGUGCUACCACCUACAAGCAUGGCGUGCUGACCCGGAAGACUCACGCUGACAUGGAUGGCAAGAGGACACCCCGUGGGAGGCGUGGCUGGAAGAAAUUCUACGCGGUGCUCAAAGGGACCAUCCUGUACCUGCAGAAGGAUGAAUACAGGCCCGACAAGGCUCUGUCCGAGGGUGACUUGAAGAAUGCCAUCCGCGUGCACCAUGCUCUGGCCACCAGGGCUUCUGACUACAGUAAGAAGUCCAAUGUGCUCAAGCUGAAGACGGCUGACUGGAGGGUCUUCCUUUUCCAGGCACCGAGCAAGGAAGAAAUGCUGUCCUGGAUCCUGCGGAUCAACCUAGUGGCCGCCAUCUUCUCUGCACCUGCCUUCCCAGCAGCCGUCAGCUCCAUGAAGAAGUUUUGUCGGCCACUGCUACCCUCCUGUACCACGCGCCUCUGCCAGGAGGAGCAGCUGCGGUCUCAUGAGAAUAAGUUGAGACAGGUGACUGCAGAGUUGGCGGAACACAGGUGCCACCCAGUGGAGAGGGGCCUCAAGUCCAAGGAGGCGGAGGAAUACCGGCUGAAGGAACACUAUCUCGUGUUUGAGAAAAGCCGUUAUGAGACCUAUAUCCACCUCUUGUCCGUGAAAAUCAAAGUGGGUUCAGAUGACCUGGAGCGGAUCGAGGCCCGCCUGGCUACUCUAGAAGGCGAUGACCCAGCUCUCCGGAAGACACACUCAAGCCCCGCCCUCAGCCUGGGGCACGGGCCUGUGACUGGCAGCAAAGCCACAAAGGAUGCCUCGGGGUCUGAUUCUUAGCUGGUGUGGCUGUGCAGGCCCUGGAGACCGGCAAAUGUCCCCAGAGGGGGUCAGUGAGCACAAUUCCAGGCGGAGGCUGCUUGGACCAAGCGACAGGCAGUUAAAACUGGCAACCAGAGGGAUAUGGAGAGCCUUGUGGUCAAGGAGAUGCCAUUUCAUGGCGCUGAUCUUCUGUAUCCUAGGCCAUCUCCGGCCUAGCUCCUCUCCUAGCCCUGGCUGCCCUCAAGUCAUGGGGCCUUGCUUUGCAGGUCAGACUCGCUCUAGGGCUGCCAUCUGGAGAAGUCAGUCACUGUUGCUUCCCCAGGCCCCUUCUCAUCAGGCCGCUCCUUCAUCUUGUGUUUGUGAGGAUGAGUCUGAACUCGGGGUCUCAGCUUGGAUACCUACCCUUUCUCCUCUUUCCUCUCAGUUGACCAGCAGCAGGUCUAAGGACCACCAGCAACGCCUUCUCCUUUCCUUUUCCCAGCAACCUUUGCAACCGGUCCAGUUCUCCUGCCUCAUAUUGCAAUAAUCUGAGGCCUAACCUCCACUCAGUGCCAAACUGAUUCCACUUGCGUGUGUAUCCACCUCUCCUUUUCCACUCUGAGGUCUCUCCUGCCUCUUUUUUAUAUGGACACAAUCAUAUAUAAUAUAUAUAUGUAUGUAUGUAAAGAACUCAUUUAAGGAAGGUUUGAGAACUACUACCGAUUAGAAGAUGAACCCAGACAAAGGAACAAGCUCGUCUCAGACCUGGGCCAGCGAGCAAGGCAGCCUGCUAUGGGGCCCUCUGCUGCCCUGACACUCUGGAUGGGAAGAAGAAGCCCUUUUCCUCUUCCAGCUGACUUGUGACUCUCGGGCACUUUUCCGGUUGAUGCUUUCGGACUAAACAGGAUACGCGUGUCACCUCCCCUGUCCCAAGGGUGUCCUUGUGGGGUGAUAUCUUAGGAGCACGCCUCUGUUUGCUUGGGUCCUCUUGUGAAGGCCACCAAGGUCUCGAGUGAUAGAGUGAGGUGGAGGAAGCUCUCAAUUCAUGGUCUCGGGGAGAAGAUGUAGUGGCAAGUUCUUAAUUACUGAUGUUCUUGUCAUUUUUUUAGUGAAUGAGAAAAGCCUAGCUAAGGACAUAGCUGAGAAUAGAGACGCGUGUCCCUCACGGGUUGACAUCCUUCAGUUAGACCAACAAGUGAGUUGGGGGAUGACCCUCUUGACGCAGCUACUGUGAGCCAGCCUUUCCUAUUGUUUGGCCAACAGUUUGACCUCUUUGGUGACACAAGCCUUGUGACUAAGCAUCUGAAGGUCCACUCCCAUUGGAUGUGGGGAGCUUAAAGUACGUGGAGAGGCGUAGGGGGUUUAAAUCCAAAUUGUUUAAAUUGGAUUAGCUGAAGUGCGAAUUAUAACCAAACCAUCUGGCCCCUUUGUUUUGCUCAGGGGAAGUAAACGCUCAUUUGAAUGGGAUCAGAAAGGCGAUUUAGGGGCAGUAAAGAGAUCUCAGUUCUUUGUGCUGCUGCCUGAAGGUCCUUUGAUUUUCAGGCCAGGGUCCCACCCUUUAUGUCAUGGGGGUGGGGGAUGACAGUGGAGGUGCAAGCUCACUAGCCACAGAUGCGCGCCCGUGCUGUUCCCCAAGCACUAAUAGUGCCUCCCACCAGUAAAGACAUUUCUUACUUCCUUAAUUGUAUAAUUCUUUAUUUGUAAAUUAUAUACAUGUACUACUGUACUAAAAUAUUAUGUACAUUAUAAAACAUACACAAAAAUAGAAAUUUAAAAAA